AUGAAGGCAUUUUCACUCCUCUUUGCCCUUAGCCUUCUGGGCACUCCGCUCCUGGCUGCAGCCGAUGAAUUUUGUGGAACGAAUCAAGAAUAUUUGGAAUGUGGUAGAAGCUGUCCAACAUGUUCUAACCCGAAUCCACCCUGCCGUCUUGAAUGCGUCAUGGGCUGUCAAUGCAUGCGUGGAUACGUCCUGAACGAUGUGGGUGUUAUAGUACUAUUGUUGGGUUUACUCUCAGCUAACAUAGCUCCAGGCCGAAGAGUGUGUUCUUCCGACGGACUGUUGAGAUCUAUGGGUAUGACUAGCGAUGCUAGCACAGUUAUAUCACUCCAAUCAGGUCUAGUCGAUAGAGAAUGCAAAUAUGAUUGGAUUAGUUUCCUAUUGCAAUAA